AUGUCCGGUAAGGCGGCUCUUAAGGAAGUGCGGGCUGCGCUCGACUCGAAAAAUUUCGAGCUUGCAGCCGAAAAAGCUAAGGCUUUGGUUCAGCAACAGCCCAAAAAUUACCAUGCAAAUGUCUUCCUUGGUCUCGCGCAAGAUAAGCUACACAACAGUAAGGAGGCCGAGAAGGCCUACCUCGCGGCCACUCGGAUAAAUAGCGAUGAGAAGACGGCAUGGCAGGGUCUAAUCAGUCUCUACGAGAAGCAAGGAAACCAGAAGCUCGAACAGUAUCGUGAAGCUGCUCUGCAUCUCGGUCAGGUGUUUGCUGAUCUAGAAGAUAAACAUCGUUGCCAGGAUGUCGUCGAUAAGUACGUUGGCUUCACAAAGAAAAAUGGGACCCGUUUGCAAUAUAAGAAAGCCCUUGAGCUCCACUUACCGACGAGCCCUCUGUACGACUUCCUGGAGGGACGUGUCCCCAAACCAGCUCAAACCUAUCUGCGCCUCGUAGAAAUGACGGAAUCUGAGGAAAGGGAAUUCAUCAACCGGGAGAUUGGAGAACGAAGAACUCGUCUUGGCGCACGAAUUGAUCAGGUCACCUUGGAAGUAAAAAGAGAAGCCUAUAAGCGAAGCGAGCUGGAGCCACUCUACCGAGGAAUUGUGGACUGGUCUCAUGACGACCAAGUUCGCCGGACAUAUGAAGAGAAACUGCUACAGCGCGCUUACGAUACUCUCACUGUACUGCCUACAAAUGAGAAAGACUCUAAAAGGACAGAGGUAUUACAAGCCGCUCGUGAUAUGGUAAUUAUCAAGCACCCGUUCGAGCUAGCAUGGAAAAUUGUCUUGGAAUGGCAGGAUAUCAAUGUCUUCUCCGACUGGGACCACUCCUUUCUGGAGGACUUCAUUGAGUUCUUCCCGGAAGAUGGGCUCACAAAGAUCCUUCGAGGAUUCUUAGCUAGUGACCUCUCUCCUUUCCCCAAAGAGACAAAAAAGCCAAAUGGGCAAGAUGCUGAAAGCGUUAGCGAGGAAAACAACGAGCUGGCUAUCCAUGACCGUCUAAUCCUAAUGGUGGAAGGGCUCGAAAUUUCCUCCUCCUCAGUUGUUGCGCAUCGGAUUAUGAGCGAGCUGUAUCUCUCCCUCGACGAAUAUGAGAGCGUUGUUGAUGUUUGCAGGAGAGGGCUCCAGAAUGUGCAGGAUCUCGUCAGAAAGACAGGGUUAACAAUGCAAAAUACCACCGAUGCUAUGAACAUAGCUCUUGCAAACUCGCUCAUCUACUAUCAAUCUCCCAGGAAUCACCCUGAAGCGCAGAAAAUUUUCCAGGAUAUCUUGAAGAGGCAUCCUUCCUCCACCAGCUGUCUUCUUGGAAUUGGUCUCAUCCUCAAAGUGGACGAAGAUUACCCCGAAGCCGUCAAUUUCCUGGAGCGUGCCUUAGACCGAGAUCCGUCCAACAUCAAGGUUCGCGCUGAGUUGUCAUGGUGCAAAGCACUCAAUGGAGACCUUGCCUCUGGGCUCUCUGGGCUGCAAGAUGUGCUCGGUCACAUACAGAGUACAGAUUUAGAUAAUCGUGAGCUCAAAGGAGAGAUUUUUUAUCGCAUCGGAUACUGCCAAUGGGAAAUAGAUCCGUCAUCUUCUGCUCGCAAGGAUCGAAAGGGUGCGUACGCCAAUUUCCUCGCUUCAGUUCAAUCCAACAUCAACUAUGCCCCGGCGUAUACUAGUCUGGGUGUUUACUACGCCGAUUAUAAGAAGGAUAAGACACGUGCCCGGAGAUGCUUCCACAAGGCGUUCGAAUUGUCAGCUUUGGAAAUCGUAGCCGCCGAAAGGCUGGCGAGAACCUUCGCGGAUCAGAAGGAGUGGGACCUCGUUGAAGCCGUCUCCCAGCGUGUUGUCGACUCUGGCAAGGCCAAACCUGCCCCAGGUUCGAAACGAAAGGGAUACAGUUGGCCCUACGCAGCCUUGGGCACUGUUCAAGUUAACAAACAACUGUAUGCCAAAAGUGUUGUCUCCUUCCAGGCAGCCCUCCGGAUUUCUCCCGGAGAUUACCAUUCAUGGGUCGGCCUAGGCGAGAGUUACCAUAACUCUGGAAGAUAUAUAGCUUCCACGAAAGCUUUCGAACACGCAGAAGAAUUGGAGCACACCCUUUUGCAGUCGGAUAGAGAGCAAAUCUGGUUUGCCCGAUACAUGCUGGCCAAUGUCAAACGAGAAUUGGGUGAAUAUGAUGACGCGAUUACAAGAUAUGAAGAGGUGUUGAAAUUCCGUCGGAAUGAGUUUGGUAUUACUAUUGCAUUGCUCCAGACAAUUAUAGAAGGCUCUUGGAAGAGUCUUGAAUCCGGUCUUUUCAAUGACUGUGCCGAGCUUGCACGGAGAGCUAUUCUGGUGGCCAAGUCGCUCGCAACCGAGCGAGUUGAUAUUUUCAACCUUUGGAAGGGCGUGGGUGAUGCAUGUACAAUGUUUUCCUUUGUCAAAUCAAAGGCAAACAAAUUGCCUAUUGAUGAAGUACAAGCCUUGCUCGCCACUCAGCUUGAGCCCACGGCCUUCGAUAUUCUUGCAGAUGUCGAUGAAGUACGGCAGGAUUCACUAGCGGAGCUAAAGCACGACGGGGACAGCUCUACCCUUGCAACCAAGUGCAUAUACGCCGCGAUUCUUGCAUACAAGCGAGCUAUUCAAGUUUCGCUCCAGGACCCUCACGCCCAAGCAGUUUCCUGGUAUAAUCUCGGGUGGGCAGAAUACCGAGCCUAUAGAACUACGCGAACGACCUCAGACAAGGGAGGAAAGAAACAGUCACGCAACUUCUUGAAGGCGGCAAUGCGCUGUUUCAAACGAGCAAUUGAGCUGGAGGCUGGAAAUUCGGAGUUCUGGAAUGCACUCGGAGUAGUCACCACCCGUAUGAGUCCAAGGGUUGCGCAGCACGCCUUCGUGCGAAGUCUCCAUUUGAAUGACAGGAGUGCGCAGGUGUGGACUAAUCUAGGAGCGCUCUAUCUUAUCCACAAUGAUGUCCAGCUUUCCAACGAAGCGUUCACACGAGCGCAGUCAACUGAUCCAGACUACUCACAAGCAUGGGUUGGCCAGGGCUUCCUCGCCCUCAUGUUUGGGGACCCACGGGAGGCUAGAGGAUUGUUCGAACAUGCCUUUGAUAUUUCCAGAUCAUCGUCGAGGCUACCGAAGCAGCAAUAUACAGUCACUUUAUUCGACCAUCUCCUAGCCGAUCCUUCUACCUCGAAUGAGGUGUCGCAACUCAUUCGGCCCUUCUUCGCCCUACACCAACUUACUAGUCAGGAACCAUCAGAUCUACCCUUUGUUCAUCUCUCCUCUCUUCUCGGGGAAAGAAUCGGGGAAUUUUCUGACGCGGAAUCCAGCUUACGCAGCCUUUGUUCCCAUGUAGAAGCGGAAUAUGAGGUGUCCGAAUCGGCUUCAUCCCUUUCCAAAUUCGCACAGGCAAAUGCCGAUAUUGGUCGAGUUCUGCUCGCGCGUCAGGAAUUCGAGGAAGCGGCAGAAAAAGCGGAAACUGCGCUCAUGCUGUCUGGAGAGGAGGAUGCAGAGAAGUUUGACCCUGAGGCUUACAAGAAUCUGCGCUUGUCAGCGCAUUUGACAGCCGGUCUGGCGCAUUAUUAUAUGAGGUCCAUGGAUAAUGCCAUUGACAUGUUCCGCGAUGCUCUUCAGGAGGCAGACAACGCGCCGGAAGUCGUCUGUCUUCUCGCGCAAGUACUGUGGGCCAAAGGCGGAGAAGAGGAAAGGGCUGUCGCUCGCCAGCAGUUGUUUGAAUGCGUUGAGAAUUACCCAGAGCAUGUCGGAGCAGUCACUCUCUUGGGUGCGAUUGCGCUCCUCGACGCCGACAAGGAUGUCAUAGACGCUGUUGAAUCUGACCUUCAGAAUAUGAUCACAAGAGACGACAUUGAAAUCCAUGAACGAACCAAGCUCGUCAAGCUCUUAACGAAAAUCUCGACUUCAGGUCUUAUGGGCGAGUCGGGGAUUCCGGAGGAGACGAGACGUGUCGGCGAGGCUGCUGCGGCGGUGAUGAGAGCGCCUUACGAACCCCAGGGUUGGAUGGAGCUAUCUUCAGCGACGCAAGAAUCAUACCCCGCGGAAAUGGGUGUCAAACGAGCCUUGCGCAGUAUUCCUCCCCGGAGCAAUUUGGACGCGGUCGAUCUAUCGGCGGCAUAUGCGGAGACCGGAAAGGCCGGUGAUGCGCUGAGGGCUAUCAUGGUCGCGCCAUGGAUGCAGAGGGGGUGGCAGGAAUUAAACCAGGUGGUGUCUUCAGCCACAUAA